AUGGUUCGGGAAGACAACAUAACGGCUGACGGCAUGACGAAGCUCGCUUGGUCGUUGAAGCAUGGUCUGAGAACCUAUGAUUAUCGUCCCAUGGAGGUCUUCUGCUCCAACUUCUCAUGUCGCCUCAUCCCUUCCUUCUUCAUUUCAGUUCCGGGUAAGCUUGUUAGAAGACCAUAUAAUGACCAGCGAGAGAGGACUGAGCAGCCCAGAAAUACUAAAGUCCUUAAGUUGAAGGGGUUUCAAAAGAGACAAAAUGUGCUUUUCGCUACUUUCAAGGACCAAUCUCAGUACACUGAGAUCAAAUCUGUUGAUUCAGAACUGCUACAAGAUGAUCCUGAUCCUGAAGAGAUAACCCCGAUUGGCUUACCAUCUAUUCAUUUUGAGGGAAGUGAUGGAAGACCAGGUUUUAUUUCAUUUUAUAAUCGACCAUACAAAAGCGACGAUGAAAUCAUUUCUAAUGUGCAGAGGAAUCAAAACAGCUUGCUAUGGUUUAUUGGUCCAGCAGUUCUUGUGACCUCUUUCAUUUUACCCUCGCUUUAUUUGCGUAGAAUACUUUUAACCAUAUUUGAGGACUCCUUACUAACAGAUUUUCUCAUAUUGUUCUUCACGGAAGCAUUUUUCUAUUGCGGUGUUGCUGGUUUUCUUCUGCUAAUUGAUCGUCAAAGGAGGCCUACCGGGCCAGAUUCCGCAACAGAAACCUUGGCCCCUCACUUGGGUCAACGUAUCUCUUCUGUCGCUACUCUUGUGCUUAGUCUAAUCAUUCCCAUGGUGACGAUGGGUCUAGUCUGGCCCUGGACUGGUCCCGCUGCAUCUGCUACUCUAGCUCCUUACCUGGUUGGUAUUGUUGUACAGUUUGCCUUUGAGCAGUAUGCAAGAUAUCAGAAGUCACCUUCGUGGCCUGUCAUCCCGAUAAUCUUUCAAGUUUACAGAUUGCAUCAACUGAAUAGAGCUGCUCAACUAGUGACAGCCCUUUCAUACACAGUGAGAGGUGCUGAAAUGACUACAUACAACUUGGCAAUAAACGACUCUUUGGGAACACUUUUGAAUGUCCUCCAGUGCCUUGGGGUUAUCUGCAUUUGGUCACUCUCAAGUUUCCUCAUGAGGUUCUACCCUCCCACCUCCCGGAUUACAUAGCAUAUCGAAAAGGUUACUUUUGAGUAUCUGGAAACACAGGCCGAGCAGUUUAUCUUAUGAA